AUUGGCUAAACUGCUCUACGUCAUCUUGGCGGGAAAAAGACGACAUAGGAAGAAAUGCAGUCGGAAUUUCACUUACACGCGAGAGUUUAUUGACACAUCUUCGGCAGAUCGGCGGCCUCCUCGUUCAAGUUAUUUCAAAGAUGUCUACGUCAUCUGUGUCAAAGGGAUGCUUUGUUUUUAAGCCCAGUCCGAAGAAGAGGAAGAAGCAGAAUCCCAGUCAGGAAAGUUAUUUUAUUCACGACUGCGAGGGUCCUGAAAGCGGGCAAAGGCGAUUCAAACUCUGCCAGGAUCUGUGGAACCAGAUUAAGACUGAAACUGAGGUUUUGCAGGAUGAACUCCACAGGAAAAUCCUGGACAGUCUACUGGACUUCAGCAGGAAGUGUUCCUCCAUUCGUCGUCACGGCGACUGGGCGUCGCAGAUGAGGGCCAGUGAAAUCCCCACGGCUGCUCUAAUGCUGGGUGUCAAUGUUCCCGAUCAUGACCUGACCUUCAACAGCCUCUCAGACCUACUCCGACAGUCCGUCACUCCUUAUGUGGUCUCUCUGCAGGCCAAGGAAUGUGGAGCACUAAAGCAUCUGAUGAAGAGGGUCCUCGAGGGGUUAAUGGAUACAGUUGUGGCCGUGGAUGAUGAGGAUGAAGCCGAUCAGGUCCAGAAAAGUGUGCACUGUUCCCUCACAACGCUGUGUGACUGGUAUAUUUCUAGAACAAAGAAAUCCAGUAAUGUCUCUCCUGGGAAAAAGCGUCCUUCCUCAGUCGUGGACGAGCCGGAACAGCUGCCUCCUAUUGUCGUGGUUUUUAAAGAUCUGGAAGCUUUUAACCCCAAAGUUCUUCAGGACUUCAUACAGAUCUGCAGCCGGUACAUCCACCGUCUGCCGCUCAUGUUCAUUUUUGGGAUCGCCACGUCGCCCAGCACCAUCCAGCACAUGCUGCCUCACUCCGUGUCCUCGCUGCUGUGCAUCCAACUCUUCCAGUCGCUCUCCUGCACGGAGCAUCUCGCCACGGUCAUUGAUAAGUUCAUCCUGACGCAUCAUUUUCCCUUCAAACUGACUGAAAAAGUGCUAAGCGUGCUCGUCAGCAUCUUCUUCUUCCACGAUUUCUCGGUCAGAAACUUCAUAAAAGGCCUACAGUUGGCUCUGCUGGAGCACUUCUACGCGCAGCCUCUCAGCGUGCUGUGCUGCGGGAAGGAGGCGGCUCUGCGGAACGCCGCGCAGCUGGGUCACGGUGACCUGGAGAGGAUCAGACAGCUGCCGUCAUUCAAGAGGUAUGUAGAGGGACAAGAAGCUGAGGAGCAAGUCAACCUGAUGACGGACGACUCCUAUUUAAAGGAAGUGUGUCAUAAACUGAUGAAGAACCUCCACAAAUAUCACAAGAACUACUAUCCCGUCCUGAGGUGUCUCCACACUCUGACCUCCACUCUGCCUCGACAUCUUCUGGGAAAACAGAUCAGGGAGCUCCACGAGAUGUGUCUGAGGACCAACGUGUGGGAGCAGGAGAAUUACCAAUCUGCCGUGAAGCUUUUAAAGAUGCGGGCCAAAGACGAGUUGGUUGUGUUGCUGCAGAAGUGUGCGGAGAUCCUGCGCUCUGUCAGAUCCAAGAAGAUGAAGAAUGCGCUGAAUCAGUUGGAGGAGCUGCUCUGCAGGUUCCAGCAGCUGGAUGCUGCCACAGAUGUGGCCCCCAGUGAGGAUGAGUGUCUCGUCUCUCCAGUGAAAAACCUCCCAAAGAAAACAGAUCUGUUCCAGCUUCAAAAGACUCUGCUGAAGAUGAAUGAGUCUCGUAGAUCCAAGAAAUUGAGUUCAUUUGAGAUCCUGAGGAAUGAAACUGUUGAUUUUGUUGACGGUUUGGUGAGGAGCCACCUGUGGCCUCCCGAGUCUCAGCCUCUGCAUGAAGUCUGCUACUACAGUUCGGUCGCCACCGUCAAACACCACCUCAACGCCACGCCUCGCACCUCCAUCCAGGUCGCCCUCAGCAAUCCAGACCACUAUCUGGAGAAUGACUCGCUGAAGACAAAAGACGGGACGCUCUCCAGUGCCGCCCCUGAUAUCUGCAUCGCCUACAAGCUCCACCUGGAGUGUGGUCGACUGAUUAACCUGUACGACUGGCUAGAAGCCUACGCCACUGUGGUUUCUGCAGCCGAGGGCGCCGACCCAAACGAGGACGCUUUUGGUAGAGUGGAUGAAGUCAAGCACGCCCGUUUCAUCCGCGCCGUGUCCGAGCUGGAGUUUCUGGGCUUCGUGAAGUCGACGAAGCAGAAGACCGACCACGUGGCGCGCCUCACGUGGGGAGGCUGCUGAUAGCGGAAACUCUCACAGCUGUUUUUGUCCCUUUGUUCUUGUCGAUAUGGAUUUGUUUUUCCACUAAUAAAGGCUUUAUCAGUCGAAGACAGA